GGGAAGCGGAAAAUGGGCUGAAUGCUAAACAAAAGUGAAGUUAGAGACGUACAGGAUACCUGGAAUAAACGUGUCGUUGGAUAUCCAUAUGCGCACGAAGAAAAUAAGUCAUACGUGCAACAUUAAGUCAUUAAUCGCGUCGAAACUUGUCAGUUGAGGUGAAGCUCACAGUGUGCGCAGCUAGUAGUUAGCUCAGCUUCAUAACAGGACGCUGCAACGCCCCUGAAACUGAUGACAACAAAGUGUUUAAAGACCAGUUUGUGAUGAUACUAAAGGUCUCUUGCAGUUUGUGCUACAUCGACCCGUACUGUUUCAUUUCAGGUUCAAUGUGGCCGUGCCGUUUUUUUGUUUAACGAACAAAUCUGGAUUGAUGCCCAGUCCCCCUUCCUCUGUCCUGCGAUCUGUGUGACAUGACCUGACUCCCGAGUUCAGUGGAUCCAGCAGCCGACUACAAUGGCCAGAAUAGCCUGGUAUCAAGAGAAGAUCGGGGCCUACGAUCAACAAGUCUGGGAGAAAUCUCUGGAGAAAGCGGAUCUAAAUGGUUUGGACAGCAAACCAAAGAAGACGGGUUACAUCAAGUCGGACCUCAUUGAUGUCGACUUAGUAAGAGGAUCCACAUUCAGCAAAGCCAAACCAGAGAGUCCCUGGACCUCUCUGACUCGAAAAGGUCUGGUCCGCGUGCUUCUGUUCCCGUUUUUCUUCCACUGGUGGAUCCAGGUGACCUCCAAGUCCAUCUCCUCAUGUAUCCUUGUGCUCUACUUCAUGCAAGUGGCAGCAGUGGUGCUGUACUUGGAGGUCCCUGGGGCGAGUGCCAGUGAGGUGUUUGGACCCAUGUGUCUGAUGCUGUUGCUGGGCACUGUGCACUGCCAGAUUGUGUCGACCGAGUCCAGCCGGUGGCCCUCGGGCAGUCCAGCUGCCAGCAGCACUACCAGCCCUGCGCGCAGAAGGAGGCCGAGGAAGGGCAGAGGGCUGAAAAAACCUGAAGAAAAUAAUGAAAGCGGGGACACAGAACAGCAGGGGCCCUGGCAGUUUGAAGAAAACCAGGGAUUAUACAGAAAUGAGGAGAGGAGGAACAAAAGACAGUCAGGAUUUGGGGCAUCCGACGAGCUGUCCAGUGAGGAAGAGGAGGGGAUCGAAAAGAUUCGCCCACCACCUCAUCAAGAGAGACACCCUGCUACAUCUGCACCUGUGUCUUCUGUUAGAAAGAGAAACCUAAAGUCUAGCCCUAAACCUACACUAAGACCUCAGGAAGGGAGUGGAGCUUCCAUCAAGGUGAAGCCUCGAGAGGUGGAGCGCCUCAGGCCGAACGUGGGCUCCCGUCCUGCCUCCGACACUGAUGACACAAUGUGGGAGGAGCUACUCCAAGGGCCUGACUCCGCCACCUCGGGUAGCAGUGACAGCGAGGGGAACGGGAGGUACAACGCCGGCAUGGCACUCCCACAAUCGUGCAAUCUGAGCAGUGACGAUGAGAACCUACAGCAGGGAAUCACCGGAAGCCAGCUGUCUUGGCUUCAGGCAUGUCACCCAUCCAAGGACCGUGUCAGUGCCAUAAUAUGGGAGCAGGGCGAGUGUAAGAAAGCAGACAUGUCCGUAUUGGAGAUCAGUGGGAUCAUCCUCACGCGGGUGAAGUUAGUGGAGCAGGGUAUGGGCUACCUCGUCCUCGGCGGGCUCAUGACUGCCACCCUGGCGCUGCUUCCGUCUGCCUUCCGCGUGGCUCAGCAUCUGGACAUGUCGAACCUCGGCUCCCUGUCCGUGACCAAGCUGGCAGAAAUGGUGGUGGGGCCGCCCGAUGCGCAGGCGUACGCCUUUUUCUUCAUCACAACGGUGCAAAGAGCCUGCCUCACUGGACUGUUCUUCUUCAUGAUGUGUGUGGCUGAGAGAACGUACAAACAGAGACUUUUAUUUGCGAAGUACUUCAGCCACCUCACUUCAGCUCGCAAGGCCAAGAAAUCUGAGAUCCCUCAUUUCAGACUGAAGAAAGUCCAGAACAUAAAAAUGUGGUUGUCACUACGCUCUUUUCUCAGGAGACGAGGGCCGCAGCGAUCUGUUGACGUCAUUGUCUCCACUGUCUUCCUCUUAGCGCUUUCCAUUUCAUUCAUCAUUUGUGCCCAGCUUCUGCACAGCCACAAGACAUUCCUUGAGUCUCUGACAAACUGGGAGCUAAUGGUGUGGGGCUCCUCCCUCGUCCUCUUUCUGUUGCGGCUGGCCACGCUGGGCUCAGAGACCAACUGCAAAUACAGCAACUCCUCAGUGCUGCUCACCGAACAGAUCAAUUUGUAUCUCAAGAUGGAGAAAAAGCCCAAUAAGAAGGAAGAACUCAGUAUAGUGAACAAUGUUUUGAAACUUGCCACAAAACUGAUGAAGGAGCUGGAUACUCCGUUCAGACUGCUGGGCCUGACAGUGAACCCUCUGAUCUAUAACAUCACCAGAGUGGUCAUCCUGUCUGCCGUGUCUGCUGUGGUCAGCGACCUGCUCGGCUUCAACAUCAGACUGUGGAAAAUCAAGCCUUAAUGUGAAAACGGCAAACCACUAAAAGUCGGGACACUGGAGACCAGGAAUCCCGUUGUCUGCUGCAGACAUCCUCUCAUCUACAAAAGAAAGUGUGCAAACCUACUGACAGUAUAAACAUUGUCUGUGCCUUCCAACUCAGACUUCUGAGUUUCAUCAGUCAUUCGCAAGCCUGAGAUGCUCUGACAAUCACACACAUUACACACCGUUACUGGCUGCUAAGCUGGUGAGGCAGCCAACCGUGUCCCUCGGCCAAGCCACUAACCCGGUGCCUAACUUUUGACCCAUGAAUGUUCCUCAGUAUGCGGGUUAAAUAUAGCGGUGAGCUGAGGUCUGAGACCAUUUCAGGCUUCUGUGGCAUCCAGGUUUUCCAACUGUGUCAUGUACAGAUGCGUGGACGUAAAGUGAAAUGUAAAUAAAUUAUAAAAUUAUAAAUGCAGAUACUAAAAUGUAGAUAGUUUGUUCAGUUUCUCAUCACUAUCAUAGUUCAGUUAACUAUAAAACUGUGCGCUAUCUAAAGACAGUAAAUGAGAAUGGGCGGCCAGCUGUACUUAACGACUUUUCAUAGGACUCAACUUUGCUUUCAUCCUUUUGUACUAUUUAAAGUGGAAACCUUGUGGCUGUAACUGGGCUUUAUUUAUUUUAGCACUUAAACUGGUAAUGGUACCUGUAAGUCAUGACUCUUUGACCACUAUCUGCCUUUUGUAUUGAGGACUGUUGUUGAAUAAAAUAUCUAUGCAAGGAGGGUAUGGUUAAAGUCAAAGAAAAUGUUUGAUAGAGGUAAAUAAAAUCUUUUUCAUCCAUGGA